GCUAGGAUAUUUCAAACUAGUAUGCAAUUGAAAUAACCGUUGAUAAAAUAGGUCUGAUGAAUCAAUAUGAACGUUAAUCAAACACAUAUUUAUUAUACAACGCAGCGGAGUAGCCUAUUUUUGGAAAUUGCCUAAACUGCUUUUUGGGAUUUGUACGAUAAGGAUUAUUUCACAAAAUUGUCACUGUAUUUUAAACGUUGUUCUCGUUUUGCUAAACGGAUGACUGUGGUGUGUAGAGAUGGGAGAGGGUUGGGGCCGCUCUCCCCCUUAGGAUGGUAGCACACAGCAGAGUGGACGGCCAUGACGACACAGCGCUAUCUUCAUCCACAUCCUCAUCAUCUUCAUCCUUUUCUGGGGUCAGGGAGCCCGACCGGUCUGCUCAGCACCAGAGGAACCCUCCGGAGGGCCUGCUCACACCGGUGUCCACCCACUUCCCGCCCUUCCGCUGCAAUGAGGACUUCCUGCUCAUCACUCGCACAGCGUCCAUGUUGGAGCGUAGCGGCUUCUACUGGGGUCCUCUAGGGGUGGAGGAAGCACACAGCAAGCUUCAGGACAUUGCUGUGGGAACCUUCUUGAUCAGGGACAGUCGUCAAAAGGACGUUUUUUUCACGCUGUCGUACCGGGCCGCCAACGGACCGGUUAGUGUCCGCAUCCUCUACAAGCGCCAGAGGUUCAGCCUGGCGGGAAGCGAGCGUUUCUUCCCCUGCCUCUUCUCCCUGCUUGAGCAUUACAUCAAUUCACCCAAAAAGAGCCUUAGCCUUCCCUACAGGAAGCAGCAACUCACCUUGCAGGAACUGUGCAGGAAACGCAUCAUCGAAGAGUGUGGUGGUGGGGAGAAGGUUGAGCAGAUUCCUGUUAAUCCUGUUCUGAAGAACUUUUUGUUAGAGUUUCCUUACAGGAUAUGACAUCACAGCAGAUGGCAUUAACUCUUGGAUUCCUUGACUUUAAGUCAACACCCAGAGCUCCGGUGACUGUGUCUGGUGGGCGAGUCCAAGGGAGUGUACUCUGGUUAGACCCGUUAGAUCUAGAACACAUCAGAUCAGCUGCAUUAAGAGACUAUUGGGCUGUUGGCGUUAUGAUGGGAAACUGGACCGCGUGGUUGUGGUUGUGGUUGACCCCUUGGUCCUGUUGUUGUAGGCAGGUCAUCUGGGGUCGUGGUAGCAGACUUGAAUACUCUAUUGUGAAUGUUUACAUGGACCAUGAAUGUGUGUUGUUCACAGAGACCUCCUCUCUCUGUGGUGUCUCACUGUCUGCCAUGCAGAUUCAACUGUUAUGUCAAGAAAAUAUUUUAAGUAAUAAUAUUAUUGUUAAAAUUAUUAUUUUUGGUAAAAGUACCAUGUUCGGUAAAAUAAAACACAUUUUAGAAUUUUCA